CUUCGGCACUCGGCUCAAUAAGCCUUUUCGUUCCCUUCUUCCUCUAUUCUGAUCAGCAACAGAAAUCUUUAAGAAAGGAGAAGAAGAAUAGACGAAGAUUAAACUCUUUUUAAUUAAUAUUCUUCCCCAUAAAAUUAAUCCAGGAAGUAAAAUGAUGGGCCCGUGGCCCCUUCAAUGUCUUAUUUUGUUGUUGGUGACAAUACCAGCAGCAUUGACAACCGAUAACGAUGGCACUCCGACACUACCCAAGAAUCAAUGUGAAUUUAAAACGACGAAUAUUGUCCCGGAAAUGGUAAAAGUUACUAAAUAUGAAGAAAAAGAUUUCGUUGACUGUGAUGAAGCCACCCAAAAAGGAUGGCGGAUUAAGGAUCAACGGGGUCCGUCUGACAACCCGUACUGUUUAGUGGAUGUCCCCGUCACAAAGCUUGAAGAGCAAAAUGUGACAAAGACUACUACAACGGUACGGUGCUGCGUUGGUUGGACUGGUGAUGACUGCUUAACGGCAGUUUGCAUGAAAACUUGCCAGAAUGGCGGUAAUUGCGAAUCACCUAACAAAUGCGACUGCAGCGGAACUGGAUAUGUUGGGGAACAAUGCGAAACUCCUGUCUGCAGCAAGUCCUGCGGUAGUAAUGGGAUUUGUUCAGCUCCUGAAACGUGUACCUGUUCAGAUGGGUAUACAGGAGAACAAUGCGACACACCAAACUGCCCAGGCUGUGAUGCUUCAAAAGGUACUUGCGUCAAACCUAAUUUGUGCGUAUGCAAAGAAGGUUGGAAAGGAGUAAAGUGCAAUGAACCAUCCUGCUCAAGUGACUGUUUGAAUGGAGGAACUUGUGUUGCCACAGAAACCGGAGGAAAAUGUAAAUGUUCAAAAGGAUGGUCUGGUGAUGACUGUAGUCAGGCUCUAUGUCCAAACGGAUGCUUCAAUAACGGAAAGUGUAUAUCACCCAAUCAUUGUUCCUGCCCUGAAGGUUUUUCCGGCCCAACUUGUGGUCUACGUGUAAUUUCGAACGAUAACGUCAACAACGUUAAAGUUGUUGGAUCAGCUCUCUACGAAGAUCACGGAUCUUGUACUGCUUGGGGAACUAAGCAUUUUAUAACUUUCGACAAAAGAGCUUUCACAUUUGCAGGAAAAGGAACUUAUACACUUGUUCAAGAUUGUAGUGGUUCUGCUCAAGCUAAUUAUCAAGUAUACAUUAAUCAAACAUAUUCAUGUGCAGAGGAUACUGGCUGUAAAGCCGCUUUGAAGGUCACAAGCGGAAAGCAAGUUGUUAUUAUUGCACCCGAAGGAACUUAUGUUGAUGGUGUCCUUACACAAACUCCAACUACCGUUGGAAAGAUUGUUCUUAGUCGUUCUGCAGAAUAUACAGUAGUAAAAGGACUCGAUGAAUUGAAAGUAACUUAUGACGGAAGUUCAACAGUUAGCGUUUGGGCUCCUGACACAAUGAAAGGCAAAGUAUGCGGUCUUUGCGGAAAUUUCAACGGAAAUUCAACAGAUGAAUAUACAACUAUUCAAGGAAAACUUUUGGACAAUUACGUUGAAUUUGGCAACUCUUGGAUCGAUCCUACAGAAGAGAGAAAUAUUGAAGCUGUUAAAUUGCCAGCCGCUUCCGCUUGCUCUACACUCAGCAUUGAAGAAGUUAAUGAAAUCAAAGCUCAAUGUAAAGUUUUAGAACAGACUGGUUUAGCAUUUGCAACUUGCGGAAAUGCUGUUGAUGCCGGAUAUUAUAUAAAUAUAUGCGUCAAUGAUUUAUGUUCAUGCAAAGCUGAAGGAUCCAACAAUUGCGCAAUGAAACGUUGCGAUAUUUUCCAACAAUAUAGUAGAAUUUGCUCCCAAAAGGGAAUUGUUCUUAAUUGGAGAACUGCAGAUUUUUGUCCAGCACCACAAUGCGAAAAUGGAAAAAUUUUCAAGGAAUGCGGAUUGGACUGCGGUCAAGAAUGCGGUAGUCAAGGAUUUGAAAAUGAAUGCAGUUCUGUACAAUGUGUUGACGGUUGCUUCUGUCCAGCUGGAACACUUUGGGAUGGCGACAAAUGCGUUAAGAAGGAAGAAUGCUCUUGUAAAAGAAAGACUGGAGGCAAAUCCUACGCCGUAGGUGAACAUUAUACAAAUGAUUGCGAAAAAUGUACAUGCAGCCCUGGAGGUUUGUGGAAGUGUACACCAACACCAAAUUGCGUGGGACGUUGUCAAGUUAGCGGAGAUCCUCAUUAUAAAACAUUCGACGGUCGUUACUUUUCAUUCAACGGUCAAUGCGAAUACGUAUUGACUAUGCCAGGAAGAGGCGUUUCACUCUCUACUCCCUUCACUAUCUGGGUUGAAAAUACAAUUUGUAAAACAACCGAAGAUUCAGUUUGCACAAAAAUGGUUACAAUUCAAAUAAAGAAAAACGGAAAGGAAUACUUACUUAGAUUGAAGAAAGCUUCAGUCGAAUUAUCGGGAACAAAAGUCGCUUUACCAUUAAAUAUGGAUGGAAUAUAUGUUAGACACGUUUCAAGUAUCUUGACAAGAUUAACAACAGACAUUGGUUUGGAAGUUCUUUGGGACGGUGGAUCAAGAAUUGAAGUUAUUGUUGACAGUAAAUACAGAAACAAACUUAUGGGUCUCUGUGGUAACUUUAACGGAAAGAUCACAGACGAUUCAAUGACAGCUUCAGGCGAUGAUGUUAAGAAUGUUACCCAAUUUGCUAAUGAUUGGAAAACUAGCGCAGAAUGUAAGACUUCCUUUUCCGGUAUCUAUGAGAGCGCCUGUACACAAAGCAUCCAAUACGCCGCCUUUGCCAAAAAGACAUGCUCUGCAUUGACUGAAGGAAAAUUCAAGGCUUGUAAUGAUGUUGUCGAUCCAAAAACCUAUAUUCAACAAUGCGAACACGAUAUUUGCACUUGCGGAAGCCGAGAAAAGACUACACACGACUGCGAAUGUACAGCAAUGGCUAGUUAUUCAAGAGCUUGUGCCCUUAAAAGAGUUAUUCUUGAUUGGAGAAGCGAUAAUCUAUGUAAAAUAUCCUGUACAAAGGGACGAGUCUAUAAAGAAUGUGGAAAGAAUUGCGGUACAACUUGUAGAAGUGUACAGCCAGAGAAUUGUAAGGAAGAAUGUAUCGAAGGUUGCCAAUGUCCUGAUGGACAAAAAUGGGAUGAUGAAUCUCAAUCAUGCGUUAUUGAAAGCGAAUGCAAGUGCUACUUUAAAGGAGAGACAUACAGUCCAGGCACUAAGAGAGUGGACAAAUGUAAUACUUGUAAAUGUAUUAAUGGCGAUUGGACCUGUACUAAAGAGGAUUGUACAACUACUCAAGUUUGUCCAGCCGGUAAAGUAUGGAAUAGCUGUUCCGAUUGUGAAAAGACAUGUGAUAAUAUGCACAUUUCUUGCCCAACUGCUUCUUGCCGAAAGGAAGGAUGUACAUGCCCAAAGGGAAAAGUCCUUUCUGCUGAUGGAAAAUGCAUCACUCCUGACCAAUGUCCUUGUCACUUUCAAGGAAAGAGUUACAAAGAUGGUUCAGUUAUCAAGAGAGACUGCAAUCAUUGUUACUGUUCUAACAGCAGCUGGGUUUGUACAACAAAGAACUGCCCAGGAUUGUGUCAAGCUUACGGAGAUCCUCAUUACAUCACUUUUGAUGGUAAAGCUUACGAAUUUCAAGGAGCAUGCAGCUACGUUCUAGCUGAAGAUUUCUGCGGUGGAGCCGGAACCUUCAGAGUUACAGUGGAGAAUGUUCCUUGCGGAGCAGAAGGACUUUCGUGCACAAAGAGCGCCAAAGUUAUACUCUACGAUACAGUUAUUCAUUUUGUUAGAGGUACCGCCCCAAUCAUAUCAAAGAAUCCACUUGCCGGACCAAAUACACCAAAAGCUAAAUACGAAUUCAAGGAAGCUGGCGUUUUCAUUAUUAUGACUACACCACAUGGCUUGACUAUUCAAUGGGACAAGGGUAUGAGAAUCUACGUCACACUAGCCCCAUCAUAUAUGGGCAAGGUUUGCGGUAUGUGCGGUAACUUCGACGGCAAAGCUGACAACGACUUCCGUGCUAGAAGUGGCCAAUUGGAAGAUAAAGCCCUUAUUUUCGCCAACAGCUGGAGAGUUAAGGAAUCUUGUCCAAGUGUUAAGAAAGACGCAACCAAUCCAUGCGAUAAGAGUCCAGAAAGAGAAAUGUGGGCCAAGCACGCUUGUAACAUUUUAAGAACUCCAGCUUUCAGUAAAUGUCAUGAUGCUGUUGAAGUUGAAAGAUACUACAAAGAUUGCGUUUGGGAUUCGUGCGGUUGUGCCAGAGGAGGAGAUUGCGAAUGUCUCUGUACAGCUGUAGCUGCUUACGUUAAGGCUUGUAAUGAAAAAGGCAUCCCAAUCAAAUGGAGAAGUGAGAACCAUUGUCCAAUGGAAUGCGACGGUGGAAAAACUUACAAGGCUUGCGGAACAUCAUGCCCUAAACAUUGCUACGAUUCUGCAUUGAAAAGAAAGGAAGGAUGUACAACAACAUGCGUUGAAGGGUGUCACUGUCCAGAAGGAACCGUUCUUCACAAAGGACAAUGCGUUAAGCACCAAUCGUGUACUUGUACUGAUCCUUUAACAAAGAGAGAAUACGCUCCACUUACGAAAGUAGCUAGAGGAUGUGACCUUUGCGAAUGUGUUGGUGGUGAAUUUAAAUGUAAGCGCAAUCCAUUCUGUGGUGUUGAACAAACAACAACAACAACACCAGGACCAACCACUCAAUUCUGCGGUGGAGAAGAUAAAAUGUCUUGUAACAGUCCAACAGGAACUUGCGCUACAACUUGUAACGGUAUUAGAGAAUGUAUGCACCCUAAUGACGAAGACAAUUGUCCAACGACAACUGAGAGUACAACUACAACAACAACAACAACAACAACAACAACAACAACAACCACUACACCAGAACCAACAACAACAACAACAACACCAACCACAACAACUGUCCCAACAACAACUGCUUUGGUUUGUGAUGCUAUGACUCAAGUAAAGUCAGCCUGCAAAGUGAAAUGUCCAAAAACUUGCGAUUAUGAAUCAAAAACUACUCCUUGUAAAGACUCAAGUGAAGUUCAUACUUGCAAGGAAGGUUGCGAAUGUAAAUUAGACCAUGCUUGGCAAGGAGAUAGAUGUAUCAAGGAAGACCAAUGUAGCUGCUACGAUAAGACUGAAAAAGUUCGUAGAUCUGCCUAUGAAACAUGGAGAUCUGGUUGCGAAAAAUGCGAAUGUAAAAACAACAAGGUAGUCUGUAAAAAAGACUGUUCUGAUGAACCUUGUGGAGAGGGUUUGAGCAGAGUUAGCGUUGCUGGAGAAUGUUGUCCAGUAUGUAUGAAAACUACCACCGAAUCUGGACCUACAACAACAACAGUAGCAACUACUACACCAGCUCCAACAACAACUCCCGAACCAACCACAACUGUUACAACUACCACUGUUACUCCUGCCUGUCCAAUUAAGGAAGGUAUGGAUAAUCCACUCCUUAUUCCAAACGAAAGAAUCAGAUCUAGCCCAAAAAUGAGCGACAACAAUGAUAUAAGACCAAGCUCUGUAUCAGGCUGGAAGAUACCAUUGAAGGAAGCUAUCGACGAAAAGCCAUGGGUUGAAAUUGAUCUAGUUGAAAAAUCUGAAACAUUGAACCCAGUUCCAGUGGAUCGUGUUCAAAUUACUGGAAUAGCCAAAUAUACUGUUUUGUAUAAAGUAGAUAGUAGAGCUGAUAAAUGGACUCCAUACACUGAGAAUGGAGUUUCUAAACAAUUUGAUCCAACCGAUGAUGAAGUUGACAGAUUCCGUCCAACAUUUGCAGCUGAAUCAAUUAAAAUAGUAUUCAACGUUCCAUUGAGAGGAGGCGAUGUUGUUAUCAAGGCAGAGGUUUUCGCUUGUUUCCAUGAACCAGCCUCCACAACCACUCCCCUUACCACCACUACCACCACUGAUACCACAACCACCCCUAUCCAAACUACCACCUCACCCGUUGAAACCACCUCUAAAGGUCCCAUGUGUCCACUUAUUGAAGGUAUGGGAUCUGAUCAACCAGUGUUUAUCCCCGAUAGUAGAAUUAGCUCUGUUCCCUCUGAUGACGGAACCCCAGCUUUGGCUAAGCCAACCAAUGAAGGUUCUUGGAAGCCUUCUGCCAAGGGUUUAACAAAGCCAAUUCUCAUAAUUAAUUUGGUAAGACCAGACGAAAAGGUUGAACCAAUAUUCGUUGAUGCUGUUGAUAUUAUUGGCAACGUAAAGACUUUCACAGUCUCUUACAAAGCUGAUGAAAAUUCACCAACUUGGACUGACGUAACAGAAGAUGGAAAGCUUAAAGAAUUUGAUGGAACAAAUGGAAAAGUUCAAUUCCAACCAACAAUUCAAGCUGAAGUUAUUGCUGUAAAACUCCUCCAAACAACUGAUGAUGAUGAAAAAUUUACAGUAAAAGCAAAGGUUUUCGCCUGUUUCCAUGCAGAAGUAACAACCACAACAGCAACUCCAACAACAAUUACAACCACAACUGAAUCUACUACCACCACAGCAACGGAAAUUGUAACAACAACAACAGUUGUUACCACAACCGUUCCAACAACAACAGAAGCAUUCUGUCAAAAACAAGACAUCUUGGUCAGACCAGAAGACUUUAAAUUGCAAGCAUACGGAAGUGAUGAUCCAACAAGCAACUUGUACACAGUCAACAAUGUCUGGAAAUCAAAGACAGCUGAUGAGGUUAAAAUGGUAAGUGCUAGUUUGUCAUUCGACAUGACUGACGAACCAACAAUCACUGACCUCACUGUUGAUAUUCGUGGCGCCGAUGCAAUUGAUGUACAAUUUGGAGAAGGAGAUUCAGCCAUUACAAAGAAUGUUGCAAUUUCUUCAAAGAAUAUCUGGACAUCUCAAUCAGUAAAUCUUCCUAAAGGAAUGAUAACAAGAAGUGUAAACGUUGUUUUCCAUAUGCCAUCCAAUGCACUCUCCGAAAGCUUCAUCGAAGUAAAGAAUCUUAGAGUAAAGGCUUGCUACAAACCAACAAUUGGAACAACAACAACCGUUUCAACAUCUCCCGUACCUACAACAACAGCUACUACUACUCCCGAACCAACAACCACAGCUACUACUACUCCCGAACCAACAACAACAGCCAGUACAACCACUGCUACAACUACAACAUUGCCACCAUUGGGCGAUGGUUGCGAACAUUUAGACUCUUCAGUAUCUGAAGAUAAAUUGGUUGCAAGUUCAAAUGUACCCUUAUCGGAUGCACGUAUGGCUCUUGAAAAAUCAAAUGAAGAAUACUCAGUUUCAUCAGAAGAUGACGUUCUAUUGAGCUUCAAGAUCAAGUCUAGCGAUAUUGUUAAGAUUACAUCGGUUUCAUUCGAAGUUAAAGGAGCCAGUAAUGUUGUACUUGGUUUUGAUGGAUCAAACGGUGAAAUAAGCGCACCAGCCAAGAAUAUUCCAAGAACUGAUGUAUUUAAUACAAUCACUAGUACCUCAAAAAUUGUUGCCAAUAUCCUCAAGAUCAAACUUUCACCUGGCACAUCUGUUCAAGUGAAAAACUUGUAUAUUAGAGCCUGUUAUGAAACACCAACUCAAACAACAACCGUUGAAAUUAAAGAUCAAACACCAACUUUCCCAGUCUUUACCGAUUCAACAACUCAACCUGAACCAACAUGCGGCGUCACAGGACAAAUGUAUGGUUUGUGUACAUGCACUUUGACCUGCGCAGAUAUCAUUUCUGGACGUGGAUGCAGCACUUGGAAAUCUACAGCUGAUAGCCAAGGAAAAUGUUGUAAAUGUCCAAUCGGACAAGUUGUUAAGGAUGGAGUUUGCGUAAAUGAAAAGGAAUGUACUUGUAAAGAUAGUGAAAGCGGCGUUGAAAGAGCUUAUGGAAGUACUUUUAUCGAAGAAGGUACUCAUUCCAACUGCAAGAGAGAAUGCGUUUUUACAACAAAUUGCGAAAAGAAAUGCACUUACACUUGCUCUCUUACAUGCGGAGAAGGCUUCAAGCUGUACCAACCAGAAUCUGGCUGCUGUGAAUGUCUACCAACAACAACCGUUCCAAUUACAACAACUGCAGGAGUUUGCACUUGUCCAACAGGCGCAAAGGCUUGCGACAAUUGCUCAAAAUGUUUCACACCAGAUCUUGUAUGCGAUAGAAGAAACGACUGCAAUGAUAUGUCUGAUGAGAAAGAUUGUCCAUGCUAUUCUAAUGGUAAAACUAUCAAAUCUGGAGAGACAUUUGAAAAGAAUGAAUGCUCUAAAUGUAUUUGUAAGUCAGGAGUGAGUGACUGCAAGAAAACUUGCUCUAUUACAAGUUGCUCAGAUGAUCAAGUACUCAACCUUUACGCCAAUGAUGAAGAAAAAUGUUGCGCUUGCGAAGCUGCCGCAACAACACCAGAACCAACAACCGUAGGAACAACAACACCAGUCUGCAAAGAAGGUGAAAAGGUUGUCGUUAACGAUUGCUUCAGUAAACUUUGUCAAGAAGGUCAAUGGCAACAAGUUGCCGACUGCAAUAAAAAAUGUGGAGAGAAUCAAAGACGAGUUGUUUACGAAACUGGCGCUUGUUGCGCUUGUGAAGAUAUUACAACAACAACAACAACAACAACUGUUCAACCAACAACAACAAAGGAAAUGUGUCCAGCUAAACUUCCAUUUACAGUUUGCAUAAAGACAUGUAAAUUCUGUCAUUUUAUGGAUCCAGAUUGCGUUGAGACAACAAAGGCUAAAUGCGUUUCCGGUUGUGAUUGUCCACUAGGUCAACUCCUUCAAGGAGAAGUAUGCGUUCCAAUGGCCGAUUGUUCUUGCAGAAUGCCAGAUACAAAUGAAGCUCUUCCAGCUGGAAAAUCUCUUACCUAUAAAUGUAAUGUCUACACUUGUAUGGACAACACUUUGAAACAAGCUCCAGUUGUCUGCAAAAAAUGUGGUGAAAAUGAAAAGGAAGUGACCGUUGAAGGUGAAUGCUGUCCAAAAUGCGAAGCAAUUCUUCCAACAGAGCCUACCUGCACUGGUGAUAAGGAAUACACUGCUUGCAUGUGUGUACAAACAUGCUAUACAAAGAAUGACAAAACUUUCAUUUGUCCAACUGCCGAACUCUGCAAACCAGGUUGCCAAUGUAAGGCUGGUUUUGUUGAAGAUUCAAAUGGAAAAUGUAUACCGGAAACCGAUUGUGCAUGCUUUGAUCAAACUUCAAAUAUUUGGAGGAAAUUGGCCGAUACAUGGGAUGUUCAAAAGAAAACUUGUACAGCAACAGAAAACUGUUCAUGUACAAAAGAUGGAAUCAAAUGUAGCAUCAGCUGCGGUGAUCUUAAAUGUGUUGAUGACAAACCAGCAACCGUUGACGCAGCUGGCUGUUGUUCUUGUUUGAAGGAUAGAGAGCUUACUACAACAGUUAAACCAGUUUGUACAAGAAAAACAGUUCUUUGCAAUUUGCCAUGCGACGUUCCACCAACAAUGACAUGCGAACAGUAUAUGAAAUCUACUGGUGUUAAGGCACCAGGCUCUCUUGUUGUCUUGCCACCAAACCCUACAUUCUGUGCUUGUCCUCCAAUUGGAGGUUAUAUGCCUGAAUUACCUAUGGACAUUUCUUUGAUAACACAGUAUAACUUCUGUAUUAAGAGACAAAAGUGUACUUGCUCUUAUCAAGGUCAAACUUAUCCUAAUGGAGCAACAUUCCCUGAAAAAACUGCAGAUGGAGCAUUUAUCAAUUGUAGAACAUGUAAAUGUACAGACAGUGCCAUUCAAUGCGAUGAAGUUGAAGGUUGCGUUACAACUACAACUACAACAGCCGCUCCUACUACAACAGUUACAACACAAGUUCCAUGCGAACUUACAGGAUGCGUUGAAGGAGAUGUUUGCCACAAUGUUGAUGCUAAAUGGAAGAUUUCCGAUUGCGAAACUUGUACUUGCACUGGACCAAACAGUAAGAGAUGCGAAAAGAUCAGUUGUCAGUCCUUGGAUUGUCCAAUCGCAAAGGGUCUUGUUGCUGUUACUUUACCAGAUAUUUGCUGUCCAGUCUGCAAAGAUAUCUGCGUUGGUGAAGCUUUAAGAUGCGACGGAAAAUGCGAUUGUCCAAAGCAAUCCUGUUCCGAUGAAUCCGAAGAGCUUUGCAAAAAAGAUCCACCAAAGCCAAAAUGCACAGACGAAUAUGAGAAACCAUCAGAAAACUGCAAUGCCGAAAUUUUUGUUCGUUCAAGAGUUUGCCAUUCUAAAAAGGAUAUGAAAUAUAAAUCUCCUCAUUGUUGCGAAUGUGAAAAGGGAACAGUUUUCAACGGUGAAAAAUGUAUUCCAAUGGAUAAAUGCGAAUGUAUUGAUGAACUUGGAAAAUUACAUUCACCAACUGAUAAAUGGUCUGAUUCGAAAAAUAAAGAUUGCGUUUCUCAUUUGUGUAUUAAAAAUUCUAUUGAGACAAUUGACGCAAGUAAAGAUUGCUCUGAAAUUCUUUCUUGUAAAGAGGGUGAAAGAGGUCCAGUUAAAGUUGAUGGAGAAUGUUGUCCAAAAUGCCUUGCUAUUGAAACUACUGUUCCACCACCAACAACAACUGCUGAACCAACAACUACAACAACAAAGUGUAUAAACAAUGCCAAAUGUGAAUGUCAAGAAAGUUGUACAGACUCUGAAGCUUGUAAAGAUACGCCAGCUUGUUGCCCAGAUUUUAAUUGUGCAGAAGGAUACAAGAAGAACGAAGAUGGAGCUUGCAUUAAGGAAGCUGAUUGUAUUGCUAUCAAAGAAACAUUUAUCCCCAUCUGCAGUUACCCAACAUUGGCUACUCCAGGAGCUGUUGAAUCAAUCACAGCCACAUCUGUCUGGUCAGAGAAUGGUAAAGCCCAUGAUGCAAGCAAUGUCAUCCCAGGAUUACCUGGUUGGGUAGCAGAUUCAGAUAAAGAUGAUGCUAUGGAACUUGUCGUUAAAUUCACUCUGCCAACUUUUGUAGCUGGUUUAAGUGUCAGAAUGGCUGGAAUAAAAACAUUCCAAAUUUUCUAUUCCAACGACGGUACUGAUUGGGUUCCCUAUAAAGAAGUAGGAAACACACCAAAGGUUUUUGAAAAAGUAUACUUUCCAAGUGGACAAUAUGUACACAUUUACUUCCAACAAGCCUUCUUUGCUAAACUUGUUAAAUUUGACAUCAUUGAAGAAGAAGUACAAAAAGUUGGAGCAAAAACUUUCCCAAAACUCAACAUGGAUGUUUUGUCCUGCCAUAUUCCAAUGUUUGCUGAUGCGGAAUGUAUUGAAAAGGAUGGAAUGGACUCACCUUUAUAUUUACCAAAUAAAUAUAUUAAAUUAUCUCCAACACCAGACGGUUUUACCUCUGAUAUUGUAAGACCUUCAGGUUCAGGAUGGAAUAUUCCAGCAGUCUUUGCAAGUAAACCCACAAUAACUGUACAACUUUCACCUGACUAUAACAGGAAAUCAAUUAUUGUUGAUAAACUUGUCAUCACUGGAAAUGGAGAAGUAGACACAUUGGCCUAUAAACCAAAUGUUGAAUCAGACUUUUUAUUGAUAGGAAAGAAAAAUGUCGGGACAAUUGGUUCAUCCCAAGAAGGAAAAGUUAUUUAUAAUCUCUCAAGAAAGAUUAAAGCUACUGACCUUCGAAUAACCUUCAAAAUUCCAUCAAUCAAGAAAACUGAUGUAUCCAUAAAAUUCUCAGUAUUCGCUUGUUUUGAUUCCGUACAAACAACAACAACUACUACUACACCAAUGCCAACAACAACUACAACACAGGAAACAACUACACCAAUGCCAACAACAACACAAGAAACAACUCAAGCUCCAGUUACAACAACAACGCAACCUGACACAACAACUGCUGUAGUAAUAACAUCAACCAAUCCAACAACAGGACAAACAACUGUUCAAAUAUGUAAAUUUGAAGAAGGCAUGAAUGAACCACAAUAUAUCCCUGAUACAUCAAUCUUUACAAGUACACUAAGUGAAGACUCUAAAGACAAUCCAAAAACCAAUUUAAGGCCAGAUUCCAUAAAACCAUACUUAAUGGAAAAAUCUCAAUCUAACAGUGCAGAUAUAGAUGAUAACCCAUUUGUUGCAAUUGAUCUAACACCUAUUGAUUCUGAAAACGCACCUUUUGUUGAGAAAGUAAAAUUCCCACAAUCCAAUAUUGGUACUGUAACAAUCCAGCGUAAAAUACCAGAUGGUGAAAAAAAUUCUGGACAAUAUCAAACAAUUGCUGAAAAGGCUACUCCAGACACAUCUGAUGCAACAAUUAAGUUUCCAGAACCAAUGAAAAUGAGUGAAAUAAAAAUAAUUUUCUUGACAACAAAUGAUGCAGAAAACACAUUCAAAAUUAAAAUUGCAAUUCAUGCAUGCUUCACAGUUAAGAUCACAACCACAACUCAAGGACCAACAACAACAACAACCCAACAACAAACAACCCAAAUGACAACAACAGUCCCUGAAACAACAACAAUCACAGUACCAUCUACAACAACAACUGAAGUACCUACCACACCUAAAGAAACCACAACUGAAGCUGCACCAACUACAACAACAACUACAACAGCAGCACCAACAACAACAACCACUCUUGUAUCUACAACAACAAUGUCAGUUAAACCAACUGAAGGUACAACAACAACACCUGCCGUUAUUGAAACAACCACAACUACUGCAGGAACAACAACCAAAAUCUGUCCAUUCCAAGAGACAAUGGACAAUCCUGCUGUAAUUGGUCAAGGCCAAAUCAAGACUAGCCCAUCUGAAGAAGGUUCAAAUGAUAAGGUUCGUUUGGACAAGGAAGGAUGGACACCAAAGGUUCCAACCAGCUCAACUGAAGAAAAACCAUAUGUUGAUAUUGACCUCGAUGUUGGUGAUGACAGUAAUGAACCAUAUGUUGAAAAGGUCAUUAUUAAGGGCAAUACUCAGAUAGUAUCAGUAUACAAAAAGAAUGUCAAUGAUGAUGAUUGGACUGGAAUUGUUGAAGAUGUUGAAGUUAAGGAAAAUGGAGAAGUUGUCUUCCCCACAGUUGUAAAGGCCGAUUCUAUAAGAAUUGUACUUGUUAAACCUGAAGAUAAUGAGGAUGGUUCUCCAGUAACUAACUACAGAGUUAAUGUUGGAGUACAUGCUUGUAUCACACCAACUAUGACUACAACAACAUCAGCUCCAACAACAACUAUGACUACAACUACACCUGUAGCUACAACAACAACAGAAGCUACUACAACAGCAGCUCCUACAACAACAACUACUACAACAGCUGCUCCAACAACUACAGCUGGUACAACAACAGAAGCUACAACAACAACAACAAUGAAACCAACUGAAAGUACAACUUUGAGUACAACAACUACUACUAGCACAACAACAACAACAACUGCUAUGGUAACAACUACCACAACUCCAGCAGAAACAACAACAGUCAAGAUCUGUAACUUUGAAGAAGGUAUGGAUGAACCACAAUUUAUCCCAGCUGGACAACUUGAAUCAAGCCCAGAUACCACUGACAAAGAAAACAACCCAUUGACAAACUUGAGACCAAAGAGUGGAAAGGCUUUCGUAUUGCCUGUUCCAAAGAAGGACUCUGAUGAAAAGAAACCAUUUGUCACAGUUGACUUGACACCAACUGAUGAUACUGCUGCUCCAUUUGUUGAGAAGGUACGCUUCCCAGAAUCAAACAUUGGAAAGGUUACAAUCAAGAGAUUGGUACCAGCCAGUGAAAAGAAUGCUGGACAAUAUGAAACUGUUGCUGAUAAUGAAACACCAACUGGUGAUGAUAAUACAAUCAAAUUCACAACACCAGUCCGCAUGGAUAAGAUCCAAAUCAUUUUGGAAGAACCACAAAAUGAUGAUGAUACUGAAUACAAACUUCAUGUUGCUAUACAUGCCUGCUUCAAGGUUAAAGUAACAACAACAACUCAACCACCAACAACAACAACUACAACAGCUGCACCAACAACAACUACUGAAGCUACAACAACAACAGCUGCACCAACUACAACAACAACUACAACAGCAGCACCAACAACAACUAUGACCACAACAGCUGCACCAACAACAACUACUGAAGCUACAACUACAAUUACUGUUCCAUCAACAACUACAGUUACUACAACAACAACUACAACACCAGCACCAACCACAACUGAAGCUACAACAACAGCACCAACUACAACAUCAACAACAGCAGCUCCAACCACAACAAAAACUACUACUACUACCACAGCAGCACCAACAACAACUACUGUUCAAUCUACAACAACAAUGUCAGUUAAACCAACUGAGGGUACAACAACAACACCUGCCAUUGUUACAACAACAACAACUGCUGAAACAACAACAACUAAGGUCUGUCCAUUCAAAGAGACAAUGAAAGAUUCAACAAUCAUUCCAAAGAAACUUAUUAAGACAACUCCUGAAGAUGGAGAAGAUUCAAAUGAUAAGGUUCGUUUGGGUAAGGAAGGCUGGAUUACAAAUGUUCCAACAUCCAGUGAUCAACCUAAACCAACUGUUGAAAUUAAAUUGAAUCGCCAAGAUGAUCCUGAAGAUCCCUAUGUUGAAAAGGUUAUUGUUAAGGGAAAUGCUGGCAAGGUAUCUAUAUACAAGAAAACAAGAACAGAUGAUGAUUACACACCAAUCCAAACUAAUGUUGAUGUACCAAAAGAAGGUGGAGACAUUGUCUUCCCCAAGGUUCAAAAGAUCAACACUAUCAAGAUUGUAUUGGAAGAACCUACAUUGAAUGAAGAUGGAACCCCAGCAAAGAAAUACAAGGUCAACAUUGGAAUCAGUGCUUGUAUCUCAUACACUGUUACAACAACAACAACCACACCAACUCCAACAACAACAACAGAAGCAACUACAACUAUGGCACCAACAACAACAGAAACAACAACAACAACAGCUGCUACAACCACAACUGCUAGAACAACAACUACAACUUCUGCAACAACUACAACAACUGCUAUGGUAACAACUACCACAACUCCAGCAGAAACAACAACAGUCAAGAUCUGUAACUUUGAAGAAGGUAUGGAUGAACCACAAUUUAUCCCAGCUGGACAACUUGAAUCAAGCCCAGAAACCACUGACAAAGAAAACAACCCAUUGACAAACUUGAGACCAAAGAGCGGAAAGGCUUUCGUAUUGCCUGUUCCAAAGAAGGACUCAGAUGAAAAGAAACCAUUUGUCACAGUUGACUUGACACCAACUGAUGAUACUGCUGCUCCAUUUGUUGAGAAGGUACGCUUCCCAGAAUCAAACAUUGGAAAGGUUACAAUCAAGAGAUUGGUACCAGCCAGUGAAAAGAAUGCUGGACAAUACGAAACUGUUGUUACAAGCCAAAAACUUGAUGAUGAUAAUACAAUCAAAUUCACAACACCAGUCCGCAUGGAUAAGAUCCAAAUCAUUUUGGAAGAACCACAAAAUGAUGAUGAUACUGAAUACAAACUUCAUGUUGCUAUACAUGCUUGCUUCAAGGUUAAAAUAACAACAACAACUCAACCACCAACAACAACAACUACAACAGCUGCACCAACUACAACUACUGAAGCUACAACAACAACAGCAGCACCAACAACAACCACUACUCUUCCAUCAACUACAACAGUUGUUGUUACAACUCCAUCUACAACUAUGCAAUCAACAACAACAGCUACAACAGCAGCACCAACAACAACAACUGAAGCUACAACAACAACAGCUGCACCAACUACAACAACAACUACAACAGCAGCACCAACAACAACAACCACUCUUGUAUCUACAACAACAAUGUCAGUUAAACCAACUGAAGGUACAACAACAACACCUGCCGUUAUUGAAACAACCACAACUACUGCAGGAACAACAACCAAAAUCUGUCCAUUCCAAGAGACAAUGGACAAUCCUGCUGUAAUUGGUCAAGGCCAAAUCAAGACUAGCCCAUCUGAAGAAGGUUCAAAUGAUAAGGUUCGUUUGGACAAGGAAGGAUGGACACCAAAGGUUCCAACCAGCUCAACUGAAGAAAAACCAUAUGUUGAUAUUGACCUCGAUGUUGGUGAUGACAGUAAUGAACCAUAUGUUGAAAAGGUCAUUAUUAAGGGCAAUACUCAGAUAGUAUCAGUAUACAAAAAGAAUGUCAAUGAUGAUGAUUGGACUGGAAUUGUUGAAGAUGUUGAAGUUAAGGAAAAUGGAGAAGUUGUCUUCCCCACAGUUGUAAAGGCCGAUUCUAUAAGAAUUGUACUUGUUAAACCUGAAGAUAAUGAGGAUGGUUCUCCAGUAACUAACUACAGAGUUAAUGUUGGAGUACAUGCUUGUAUCACACCAACUAUGACUACAACAACAUCAGCUCCAACAACAACUAUGACUACAACUACACCUGUAGCUACAACAACAACAGAAGCUACUACAACAGCAGCUCCUACAACAACAACUACUACAACAGCUGCUCCAACAACUACAGCUGGUACAACAACAGAAGCUACAACAACAACAACAAUGAAACCAACUGAAAGUACAACUUUGAGUACAACAACUACUACUAGCACAACAACAACAACAACUGCUAUGGUAACAACUACCACAACUCCAGCAGAAACAACAACAGUCAAGAUCUGUAACUUUGAAGAAGGUAUGGAUGAACCACAAUUUAUCCCAGCUGGACAACUUGAAUCAAGCCCAGAUACCACUGACAAAGAAAACAACCCAUUGACAAACUUGAGACCAAAGAGUGGAAAGGCUUUCGUAUUGCCUGUUCCAAAGAAGGACUCUGAUGAAAAGAAACCAUUUGUCACAGUUGACUUGACACCAACUGAUGAUACUGCUGCUCCAUUUGUUGAGAAGGUACGCUUCCCAGAAUCAAACAUUGGAAAGGUUACAAUCAAGAGAUUGGUACCAGCCAGUGAAAAGAAUGCUGGACAAUAUGAAACUGUUGCUGAUAAUGAAACACCAACUGGUGAUGAUAAUACAAUCAAAUUCACAACACCAGUCCGCAUGGAUAAGAUCCAAAUCAUUUUGGAAGAACCACAAAAUGAUGAUGAUACUGAAUACAAACUUCAUGUUGCUAUACAUGCCUGCUUCAAGGUUAAAGUAACAACAACAACUCAACCACCAACAACAACAACUACAACAGCUGCACCAACAACAACUACUGAAGCUACAACAACAACAGCUGCACCAACUACAACAACAACUACAACAGCAGCACCAACAACAACUAUGACCACAACAGCUGCACCAACAACAACUACUGAAGCUACAACUACAAUUACUGUUCCAUCAACAACUACAGUUACUACAACAACAACUACAACACCAGCACCAACCACAACUGAAGCUACAACAACAGCACCAACUACAACAUCAACAACAGCAGCUCCAACCACAACAAAAACUACUACUACUACCACAGCAGCACCAACAACAACUACUGUUCAAUCUACAACAACAAUGUCAGUUAAACCAACUGAGGUCUGUCCAUUCAAAGAGACAAUGAAAGAUUCAACAAUCAUUCCAAAGAAACUUAUUAAGACAACUCCUGAAGAUGGAGAAGAUUCAAAUGAUAAGGUUCGUUUGGAUGAUCCUGAAGAUCCCUAUGUUGAAAAGGUUAUUGUUAAGGGAAAUGCUGGCAAGGUAUCUAUAUACAAGAAAACAAGAACAGAUGAUGAUUACACACCAAUCCAAACUAAUGUUGAUGUACCAAAAGAAGGUGGAGACAUUGUCUUCCCCAAGGUUCAAAAGAUCAACACUAUCAAGAUUGUAUUGGAAGAACCUACAUUGAAUGAAGAUGGAACCCCAGCAAAGAAAUACAAGGUCAACAUUGGAAUCAGUGCUUGUAUCUCAUACACUGUUACAACAACAACAACCACACCAACUCCAACAACAACAACAGAAGCAACUACAACUAUGGCACCAACAACAACAGAAACAACAACAACAACAGCUGCUACAACCACAACUGCUAGAACAACAACUACAACUUCUGCAACAACUACAACAACUGCUAUGGUAACAACUACCACAACUCCAGCAGAAACAACAACAGUCAAGAUCUGUAACUUUGAAGAAGGUAUGGAUGAACCACAAUUUAUCCCAGCUGGACAACUUGAAUCAAGCCCAGAAACCACUGACAAAGAAAACAACCCAUUGACAAACUUGAGACCAAAGAGCGGAAAGGCUUUCGUAUUGCCUGUUCCAAAGAAGGACUCAGAUGAAAAGAAACCAUUUGUCACAGUUGACUUGACACCAACUGAUGAUACUGCUGCUCCAUUGUUGAGAAGGUACGCUUCCCAGAAUCAAACAUUGGAAAGGUUACAAUCAAGAGAUUGGUACCAGCCAGUGAAAAGAAUGCUGGACAAUACGAAACUGUUGUUACAAGCCAAAACUUGA